AUGCAUAUAAUAGCCAGACGAGCUGCGAUAGGCUUCGGCUCCCCAGUCCUCAGCUCCCUGUGCACCAGCAGACUCACCGGCAGCCGCAAGCUCUGUACGAUGGCCGAGCUCUCCUCCGAACAAGUGGUAUUCAACAAGCCAAAGGUUGAGCUGCAUGUGCACCUCGAUGGAGCCAUCAGGGUGCAGACUAUUCUCGACGUUGCCAAGAGACGCGCCAUAACUCUACCAGCAAACACCAAGGAGGAGAUGACGCAGAUUAUUAUCAUCCAACAGCCUUCCACCCUCACAAAGUUCCUGGGCAAGUUCGCCGAAUACAUGCACGUGGUUGCUGGAGACAGAGAGGCCAUAAAGAGGAUAGCCUAUGAGUUUGUUGAGGACAAAGCCAAGGAGGGAGUGAUUUAUGUUGAGGUCAGAUACAGCCCGCACUUUCUGGCUAACACAAAAGUGGAUCCCAUCCCAUGGAACCAGAAAGAAGGGGACCUGAGCCCGGACGAGGUGGUGCACCUGGUUAACGAGGGCCUCAGCGAGGGGGAGAGGGCCUUCAAUAUCAAAGCCAGGUCCAUUCUAUGCUGCAUGCGCCACAUGCCAAGCUGGUCCAUGGAUGUCGUGGAGCUGUGUAAGAAAUAUCAUCACAAAGGCGUGGUCGCCAUUGAUCUGGCAGGUGAUGAGUCACUCAACUGUGAAGCCAAUCCAGAGCACAGGAAGGCCUAUGAGGAAGCAGAGCGCUGUGGGAUUCACAGGACAGUGCACGCAGGAGAGGUGGGCCCGGCGUCUGUCGUGAAGGAGGCCGUAGAAGUGCUGAAAGCUGAACGGGUCGGACACGGUUACAGAACCCUGGAAGACCAAGUUCUGUACAAAAAGCUGCUGGCUCAGAAUAUGCACUUUGAGGUUUGUCCUGUUUCCAGUAAGCUGACAGGUGCCUGCGACCCAGACUUCACCAAACAUCCUGUCAUCACGUUCAGGAAGGACAAGGCGAACUACUCCCUGAAUACAGAUGACCCUCUGAUAUUCAACUCAACACUGCACCUCGACUACAGCACAGCACACACAUACAUGGGAUUCACCGAGGAGGAAUUCAAACGACUGAACAUCUGCUCUGCAGAGUCGUGCUUCCUGCCCGAGCAGGAGAAGAAAGAGCUCGUCCACAAACUGUACGAGGCCUACGGGAUGAUAAAGACGACUGCCUUUUAAACCUGGAGAAGAAGGAGGAAGUGUGAGGAGGAAGUUUGACCUAGCCCUCGGACAAAACGCUCUGAACCAUUAAUAUAUAGUAGUACUUUGGUUUACAGAGGAUGUCAUGGUGCUCUGCAAGAUUCCUCUUGUGUUUACACCCUGCGGUCAUGAACAGAACCAGGGAAGCUUUUGAUGCACAAUUAACCAUUUGAACACUUUGUCGGCAUGUAAGGGAAGGAUAAGGGGCGUAAUUUGACAUUCGUCUUUGAAGGGAAAGCAUUUGGAAGCAUAAUUGUAGAAUUUACCGUUUAUGGGGAAAAUAUGGUUUACAGUGAAUAUCUAUUUUCAGGUUUAAGGGAGAAACAUGUGCUUUAUGUCCUCCACAUGUAAAACAGCUCAACACCAAAAGUGUAGUCUUACAUUUGAACACUAGGUGGCACACUACGGUCACCGACGUGGACAAAAAGUUCUGCAUAUCAUAAUUACUCAAAUCUUUUAAUGUAUAUAUUUAUUUAAAAUAUAUUAUUUUCAUUUCACUUAAAAAGAAAAAACACUUCCAUUUGUAACAGACACUUUAUGACACUUGUGAAAAGCAUCUUGGACCAUAAUAAAAACUAUUAUGAAAUAUU